CGCAGCAAUUCGGGCGAACCGAGACCGCCGACCGUUUACAACAAGUUCAAGUUUGCACGCGUUCGUUUGCUUCGUUUCGUUCGCGAAAUAGUACGAAUAGACAGAAUAUAGACAGAAAGUCGUUAAAAGGCACAAGAGGAACAUAAAAAAAAAAAAAAAUAGUCUUACAUAUAAUCGCGACAACCAACGUUGCCUUCUUGCUGUCAUUUUUGUGCCUUUGUUUCUACUGUGCGUUUCCCCCGCUCUCUCUCUCUGUGUCUCACGCUCUUUCUCUCUCUCUCUCCCUAUCCCGUUUGUUGUUUUUAUCGACGCGUUCGUUCUGUCUACCCUAUCCAGUGCGUGAGUCCGCGCGAGUGUGUGGUGUGCUUGUAUUGUAUGUUAUUCUUGCCAAAAAGCCGACAACCUUCGCCCCCGCAAACAAAAGCUUCAGCGGAUCGAUCAGUCAAGGGACCCACUGACUGCCUUGCCCCCCAAUCAAUGAACCGCCUGAGACGCACCACUGACUGAACCACCCCACCCCGCGCAACGGAAGCAGUGGAAAAUUUUUGGACAUCACUCGAGAAACUAAAGCUGCGACGUCAUCAUCAGCGUUUGUCGCUUUCAGUUGUUGCUGUUGCUUUUUGUUGCGGCCGAGUAAAAGGCUGUUAUCAAACGUUGCACCGAAUGCCGAGACUCCUGGAGCAUCCACAGUGGCCCCAUCAGAUCUCCCACAACAACAGCUCGAUGCCCGAUUACUGCCUGAUCAUCAAAUAAGCAGAGACAUUACCUAAAAAACAAUCCUAAAAUUGGAUUGAUUACACACUUAAACUGACGUAAACGGAAGCAGAACACUCUCCCACACACAAAAUGAGUUUCAGUUCGGCCAGCGGCAGGGAGAACAAUGUUCGCAAAUUGUCAUUCCUGGGUUUCAAUACCAAAAAGAAGUCCGGCGGCAAUGAGGAUCCCGAUGAAGUGCUGUUGGACUCGGAAAUGGACAAGGUCUUUGCCGGCACCAGUGUACGUAAAGAGAAAUUCGAUGUGAAUACCUUUCAGGACAACACGCAACUACCCACUGCAUCCCGCAAGAAGAAUAGCAUUCGCACAAAUGAUCUAAAUAUUGAGGAGGACUCGGAAUACGAGAGCCAAACGGAGCCACUGAAUAAUGCACAAAACUAUGAUGACAUACCAGAGGAUUUCCCAUUAGUUUCUGAGCGUGCCGGACACGGCGAUCACUCGGACAAUUCGGCGGAAGAGAAGCACGUUCAGUUCGGUGGUGCCGCUGGCAAGAAGAAGAUUGUCAUCACACCGCCGAGUCUGAGCUAUGAUGAUCAGCCCACGGACCAAUCCCACGAACGAAAACGCAGAAAAAGCCGCCAUCAGUAUUAUAGACAGCGUAAAUUCUCACAUCAGGACAGCGUGGAAGCCAAAAAGACCAUCGAGGAGAACGGUGAUGCAGGUGCGCGUCGCAUCUCUGUACAGCCUGAGGACACGGCAUUGGAGACAAAUGGCCAAAUGCCGGCUAAACAGGAGGCUGAUCUCAACGAGCUGAGAUCGCAUCGUUCGGACGAUCCGCGUGCCCUGCGGCGUCACAAGAUUCAUCAUUCAUCGAUUAAGCUGCGAGAGCUGCCGCAGAUUACCAUUUCGCCGUUUACCAACAAGAAGCCCGAAGUGGAUCACAGUCCACAUGAGAUCUUUGUGCAAUUGGACGAGCUCACUGGCGUGGGCGAGGAUCGUGAGUGGAAGGAGACUGCGCGCUGGAUCAAAUACGAGGAGGAUGUGGAGGAGGGCUCCGAUCGCUGGGGCAAGCCUCAUGUUGCCUCUCUCUCAUUCCAUUCGCUGCUCAAUUUGCGUCGCUGCCUGGAAACGGGCGUUGUGCUGCUGGACCUCAACGAGAAGGAUUUGCCCGCCGUGGCAUAUCGUGUGGUAGAGCAGAUGGUGAUUGAGGACCUCAUUGACAUUAAUGACAAACCAUCGGUGAUGCGUUCGCUGCUGCUGCGGCAUCGGCAUGUCAACGAGCAUCAGGGCGUGCUGCCAUUUACGAAGCGCAAAUACAACAGCUACACCAGCCUGCAGUUUCUCUGGAUGGGCGCCGAUGCUCAGCAGCAGCAGCAGCCACGUAACCUAGCCAAGGCACGGCGCAGCAUUUGCGUCACCUCCAGUGCCCCACCGGCAGCAGCGGCAGCAGCAGCAGCAGCAGCCACCACGCUUAAUGUGGGCUCGCCCGGGGGCAUUGCAGCGGCCAUCGAUCACCGGCGACACUCAACGAUGUCUUACCUGGGUAACCUGUCGGGCGGCACCGAUGACAAGAAGAUCAAGAUAAUGCCCGCUGCCGAUAUUGGCGGCAGCAAGCGCAGCAAUGAGUUGAAGAUCGAUAUGAAGGAUGACAUGUACUCAUCGUCGCAGGAGGAUCUCAAGAAGCUGCAGAAUGACACCAUCCUGAGGCGCAUACCCGCAGGAGCUGAGGCAACCACUGUGCUGGUCGGUGCCGUUGAGUUCUUGGAUCAGCCCACAAUUGCCUUUGUACGCCUGUCGGAGGGUGUCCUGAUGCCCACGCUGACGGAGGUGCCCGUGCCCGUGAGAUUUAUGUUUGUGCUGCUGGGGCCGCGUAAUUUUGACUUGGACUACCAUGAGGUGGGUCGCUCCAUCUCCACGCUGAUGGCCAACGAGCAUUUCCAUGCCAUUGCGUACAAGGCGGACGAUCGCAAGGAUCUGCUGUCGGCCAUCAAUGAGUUCCUUGACGAUUCGAUUGUGCUGCCGCCCGGCAACUGGGAUCGCCACGAUCUGCUGCCGUUCGAGGAGCUGAAGGCCAAGAAGGAUUGGAUACGGACGCGCAAGAUCAAGGCGCUGCAGGUGAAGCGCGACAGCGAAAUGAUCAAGAUCGGCAAGGACGAGGAGAAGGCGCUGCUCGAGAAGCAAUCGAUGGGCGCCAUUGGCAUGGGACCCGGUGGCGAUGGCGGCGACGGUGGUGGCGGCAGCGGUGACGGCGACGACGAUGACGACGAUGGACGCAAAAAGAAGAAGCCCAAUCCCAUGGAGAAGACCCACCGCCUGUGGGGUGGCCUGCGCAACGAUCUGAAGCGUCGCAUGCCCAUGUACAAGAGCGACAUCCUCGACGGCCUCAACACGGAGACACUGGCGGCCACCAUCUUCAUGUACUUUGCCUGCCUCUCCACGGCCAUCACGUUCGGCGGCUUGGUGUCGGACAAAACGAAGAGCUGGAUCGGCAUCUCGGAGACGCUGAUCUCGUGCUCCUUCGUGGGCAUCGUCUUCCACUGUCUCAGCUGCCAGCCGCUGGUCAUAAUCGGCACCACGGGACCUUUACUGCUGUUCGAUGAGGCGCUGAUGGUGUUCUGCACGCAGAACGACUUUGAUUUCCUUUCGCUGCGCGUCUACGUUGGCAUCUGGCUGAUCAUCAUCGCGCUCUGUGUGUCGGCCUUCGAGGGCAGCGUCUAUGUGCGUUUGCUCACGCGCUUCACACAGGAGAUCUUCUCGGCGCUGAUCACGCUCAUCUACAUUGUGGAGACGGUGAUGAAGUUGGUCUCCAUCUACCAGCAGAAUCCACUGCUCUCCGACUACAACCUGCCGCCGCCGACGCUUGUGGCGCACGACCAAGACUCGGACCUGAAUGGAACUCACUACAACAUGAGCGUCACGCUGCUGAAUGCCACGACCACAGCGGCGCCAAUGGGUGGCUCGAAGCUGCCCACCAAUCAGCCAAAUACCGCACUCUUCUGCACCAUCCUCACGCUGGCCACCUUCGUUGUGGCCUACUACCUGAAGCUCUUCCGCAACUCGCACUUCCUGGGCCGCAAUGCGCGCCGUGCCCUCGGUGACUUUGGUGUGCCCAUCUCCAUUGCCAUAUUCGUGCUGGUCGACUAUCUCGUGCCCUCUGUCUACACGGAGAAGCUGGUGGUGCCCGCGGGCCUCUCGCCCAGCGCCCCGCAGCUGCGCGGCUGGUACAUUGGCUUCAAUGCCACCUCCACGUGGGUGCCCUUCGCCUGUGUGGUGCCCGCGCUGCUCGUCUACAUUCUGAUCUUUAUGGAGUCGCAGAUAUCGGAGCUGAUUGUGGACAAACCCGAGCGUGGGCUGAAGAAGGGCUCCGGCCUGCACUGGGACAUUGUGCUGCUGUGUCUGCUCAACACUUUCUGCGGCCUCUUUGGCAUGCCCUGGCAUUGUGCGGCCACAGUACGCUCCGUGACGCAUGUCUCAUCGGUUACGAUUAUGUCACGCACCCAUGCACCUGGUGAUUCGCCCAGGAUCAUUGAUGUCAAGGAGCAGCGUUUGUCUGGCUUCUUUGUGUGCGUGAUGAUUGGUUUGUCGGUGCUGAUGGCCCCGCUGCUGCGACUCAUACCCAUGGCUGUGCUCUUUGGAGUGUUCCUGUACAUGGGCGUGGCCUCCAUGAGCGGCGUGCAGCUGUUCGAGCGCAUUCGCUUGUACUUUAUGCCCGUGAAGCAUUAUCCACCCACGUCCUAUGUGAAGCGCGUGCGGCCCUGGAAGCUGCAUUUGUUCACCACCAUUCAAGUGCUGUGCCUGGUGCUGCUGUGGUCCGUCAAGUCUUCGAGAUUCUCGCUGGCUUUUCCCUUCUUCCUGAUCAUGAUGGUGCCCAUAAGACAGCGUUUGGUGGCGCUCUACAAGCCAGAGGAAUUGCAAGCGUUGGAUGGCCAGGAGGCCAAGAACGAUGAGGAUCGCGCCAAGGGUUUUCUGGGCUACAAUGGCACCACCUUCAGCACCAAUCUGUUUGCGGAUUAUCGCGAGGAGAAGGGCGUGCAGCAUGACUUUUUCUCGGUGUUUGCCAUCUUCUUUCCGGCUGCCACAGGCAUUCUAGCGGGUGCCAAUAUCUCUGGUGAUCUGAAGGACCCUCAGAAAUCCAUUCCCAAGGGCACCAUCUUGGCCAUUGUCAUAACCACUGCCACGUAUUUGAUUAUGGUGCUGCAGUGCGGUGGUGCAGUGGUGCGUGACGCCACUGGCAACAUUUCGGAUGCGAUCAAUGGCUCCUUUGCGUUUCUCGAUUGUGCAAAUGGUGACUGCAAGUUCGGGCUGCAAAACUCCUUCCAGGUGAUUGAGUUGGUCUCGGGCUUUGGGCCGCUCAUCUAUGCCGGUUGCUUUGCUGCCACAUUGUCCUCGGCGUUGGCCAGCUUGGUCUCGGCUCCCAAAGUGUUUCAGGCACUCUGCAAGGAUGAACUCUAUCCGAAGAUCGUCUGGUUUGCCAAGGGUUUUGGCAAGAACAACGAGCCCGUGCGUGGUUAUGUGUUGACUUUUAUCAUUGCCUCCGCCUUCAUUUUGAUUGGAGAACUCAAUCUGAUUGCGCCGCUCAUUUCGAACUUCUUUUUGGCCGCCUACAUGCUGAUCAACUUUAGCACCUUCCACGCCAGUCUGGCCAAGCCCGUGGGCUGGCGACCAACCUUCAAGUAUUACAACAUGUGGCUGAGUCUGCUGGGCGCCAUACUCUGUGUGGCUGUCAUGUUUCUCAUCUCGUGGGCCACCGCACUUAUCACGUUCUCCGUGGUGCUGGCUUUGUACUUAAUUGUGGCCUAUCGCAAGCCGGACGUCAACUGGGGCUCCACCACGCAGGCGCAGACGUACAAGAAUGCUCUGAUGUCCGUGCAGCAGCUGAACAAUGUCGAGGAGCACGUCAAGAACUAUCGUCCGCAGAUCCUUGUGCUCUCCGGGCUGCCCAACACACGCCCCGUGCUGGUCGAUCUGGCCUACAUGCUGACCAAGAACCUCUCGCUGCUCGUCUGCGGGCAUGUGCUGCGCGGCUCCAGCUCCCAAAAGUAUCGCACAUAUCUGCAGGAACGUGCCGCCAAUUGGUUCCGCAAGCAUCGCGUCAAGGGCUUCUACGCGCUGGUGGACGGUGAGGACUUUGAGGCGGGCACACGCGCCCUCAUGCAGGCCACAGGCAUUGGCAAGCUGAAGCCCAACAUUCUGCUGCUGGGCUACAAGACUGACUGGCAGACGUGCGAGCACAAGGAGCUGGAUCAAUACUUCAAUGUGAUGCACAAGGCCCUGGACAUGUACCUCUCGGUGGCCAUUCUACGCGUGCCCCAGGGACUGGACUGCUCGCAGCUGCUGGGCUCGCAGGAUGGCUGGAAGACGGUGUCGGAAGUGCCGCGCACACUGCAGCCCAACGAGAGCUCUGGGGACCUGCAGGCGGCGGACAGCAGCGCCCGGAAUGGCCUCGGUGGCAGCAUUGACUCGCUCAGCCGCAACGUGUCCGUGUCCCAAGAGGAAGGCAGCGGGAUCGCUGGCCAGGCCCUGCUCCACGCGGAGAACGGCCUGAAGAUGGUCAAAUUGCGCUUUAAGCAGAGUCUGCGUCGUAUGCGCUCCUGGCCCGGUGCAGGUGCAGCCUCGAGCACCAGCGACCUCUCGUUUAUAGCCAGCAAUCAGGCCAAAGAUGUUUCCGGCUCACCAGAUCCACUCGAGGCCAAGACGGCCAAUGCGGUGCCCAACACGCUGCGCAAGUCCAAGCUGAAACACGAUGAUCCAGCUUCGCUCUACAAGGGUCCUGGCGGUGUGGAGCUGCCCAAGGAGAUACUCAGCGACCUCACGCAGUUUACGCGUAAGCGCAGCCAUGCCGUCAUCGAUGUCUGGUGGCUCUACGACGACGGAGGACUGACGCUGCUGCUGCCGUACAUCAUCAGCACGCGGCGCACCUGGCAGUCGUGCAAGCUGAGGGUUUACGCACUGGCAAAUAAAAACUCGGAACUGGAGUUUGAGCAGCGUUCCAUGGCCAGCUUGUUGUCCAAGUUUCGCAUCGACUACUCUGACCUGACGCUGAUACCGGACAUAACCAAGAAGCCGCUGGAAUCAUCCACGCAGUUCUUUAAUGAGCUCAUUAAGGACUUUGUGGUGAGCGAAAAGGACACAGAGAAUGGCAACAGCAGCAGAGCAACACUCAAUGAGGAUGAGACACUCAUAACUGACGAUGAUCUGCUGGCCGUGCAGGACAAAACCAAUCGCUAUCUGCGCCUGCGCGAGUAUCUGCGGGAGCAGUCCACCAAGUCGGAUCUGGUGGUCAUGACAUUGCCCAUGCCGCGCAAGAACAUUGUCUCCGCACCGCUGUACAUGGCCUGGCUGGAGAGUCUCAGUCGGGACAUGCCACCGUUCCUGUUUGUGCGCGGCAACCAGACGAGCGUGCUGACAUUCUACUCGUAGGAGCAGCACCCGGAGACGGAGGCAUUCUAUUGUAUUCUACUUACACUCACACUCACUUUUAUUGUUAGCUCUACGCGUAUUUUAUUCUUAGCUGUAUGCCACCUAUGUACAUACAUUUUUUGGGAGAGGAGCGAGGCGGACACACACACACACAUUGAGGACCCUUCAUGCGCCUCUCCGCUGCCUUUCAAACGA